AUGAUCACGCCCACCGCAUUGAUUAUUUUUCUCAACGGCUUCAUAAUGUUAACACUUACCGAACAAUCUUCAUCUGAUAGUGAACAGCAAUGGUCGACUCCACAGUAUGGCGAAGUACUCUCGUCACCACAAGUUUCCAUGAUCAAUUUAUUGGAACAAAAGGCAGAAAAAACUACAUUAAAUAAUUUCACAAUCACCAGUCGUGCCAGAAAUGAAACAUCAAUAAAUAACAAUACAACUGCAAACAUGUUUAGAACUGAAAUUUUAAAAGAAGUGUCCGAAAUACUUUUCAGUGACAUUCCGCAACAAAGAAAAGUACUGGAGUUGUUACUCCACGAUAUUCAACGUGGUAAUCAUUUACUGCUUGUCGAGAAACGGGGAGUUGAAAAUAAAAAAAUUACAGAUGCAUUGUUACAAUAUUUUAAUCGCCCUACAGAAUAUACACAAUUUCACCGCAAUACAACGAUACAGGCUUUGACAGUGCAGCCAACUUUCAAAAAUGGAACCGUCAUUUACGAGGAUUCACCACUUGUCAAAGCCGUUAAAUAUGGCUACGUGUUAGUUGUAGAUGAAGCGGACAAAGCGCCAACAAAAGUGACAAGUAGUUUAAACACUUUAAUGGCAAAUAGAGAGAUGGUACUAAGUGAUGGUAGAAGAAUGAUUCCAAAGGAAGUUAUGAAUAGUUCUGGAAACAAAUCAGCUGGUUUUAUUCCUGUGCACGAAAAUUUUAGAAUGAUAGUUAUGGCUAGUCGAACUGGAUUUCCAUACUUAGAAGUUUCCUCUGCUCCUUCAGGUCUCGUGAGCAGUGAUGUGCGCAGCGCUAGUGAGCCGCCACCGCCAAUAAAUUUUUCGGGCCGCCAGCGCCGAGAUGAUUCUUUUUAUAACAGAAAUGGCGAGAUAGGCGUCACCGUCAAAGCAGUUGGCUCUAGCCCAGUAGUCACUACUGCUGUGAUGGGUGGCCAAGGCACGGGACCACAUGUUGCUACAGCAAUAGCUUCGGGUUCAGCAGUCGCCACCGCAACAGCAAUGACAUAUGGUAGGGGUACCUCGACGGCUACGGUAAAUGCUGCCGGCUCAUCAGUAGCCACCGUCAUAGCGCACUCAUACGACGCAGGAGUCGCCACGGCCACGUUAAAUACCGCUGGCUCAUCAGUUGGGUACGCAACAUCACACGCACACGACGCAGGAGUCGCCACCACAAAUGUAAACACUGCUGGCUCAGCAAAAGCGGACGCCACAGCAGAAGCAUAUAACAUGGGACGCUCCACUGCCACAGCUACCUGUACUGGUUCAUCAGUUGCUAGCAGCACAGCAAAUUCACAAGACGAAGGAGUUGCCACCGCCAUAGCAAACACUGCCGACUCGUCAGUCGUCACCGCCGAGGCGUUCGCCAGGGACAAGCAAGUUGUCACCGACACACAAAAACGGCCAUAA